AUGGAUCCCUUGUUUUGGCCAUCAGAAACUAACUUUCGACGUUUCACCCCUGAGUCCUUGGCAGCAAUUGAUGAAAGAAUUGCUGAGAAAAAAAAGCAGCAAGCCAAAGUUAACCAGGAGAAUAAGGACCAAGCAGUUGGAGAAGAUAAACUUACUCCACAGCUUGAUCUGAAAACCUGCAAAAAGCUGCCAUCUCUGUAUGGGGAUGUUCCUGUGGAGCUCAUUGGGGAACCCCUGGAAGAUAUUGAUCCAUACUACAGUGAUCACAAGACUUUUAUGGUGAUAAAUAAAAGGAGGACUAUUUUCCGAUUUACUGCCACACCUGCCUUGUGUAUAGUUGGUCCUUUUAAUCCAGUCAGAAGAGCAGCAAUUAAAAUUCUGACUCAUUCAUUAUUUGUUGGCUUUAUAACAUGUACUGUGAUACUCAAUUGUGUUUCCAUGGCUGUAAAUCAGCUUCCAGAUGCACUAAACUGGACUGAAGGUCUUUUCACUGGCAUAUAUACUGUUGAAAUAUUGAUAAAGGUGUUGGCAAGAGGAUUUGUUUGGAAUGAAUUUACCUUUCUUCGAGAUCCGUGGAACUGCUUGGAUCUUGUCGUUAUUGUCAUAACGUAUAUUUCUUUGUGUAGAAGUAUGGGCAAGGUUUCAGCUCUUCGAACUUUCAGAGUACUGAGGACUCUGAAAGCUAUUUCAGUAAUACCAGGUCUGAAAGUCAUCGUAAAUUCACUUAUUGAAUCUGUUAAGAAACUUACUGAUGUGUUGAUCUUGACUGUUUUUUGCUUGAGUGUAUUUGCUCUAAUAGGCCUACAGCUUUUUAUGGGCAAUUUAACGGCCAAAUGUGUCCUCAAUAAUACUGAAUUCAAUGACAAGUUAUGUAAGGAUGCCAAGAUAUAUUCACCAGAUGAUGAAGUAAAUAUCUGCUACAGAAUGAAUAAAUCUUCUGAAAUACUGCUUUGUGGGUUCAGUUCAGAACCUAACAAAGAGUGCCCAGAAAACUAUACCUGCAAGAAGGCUGGGAAGAAUCCUGACUUUGGUUAUACAAGUUUUGAUCAUUUUGGCUGGGCCUUCCUUUCUUUAUUCCGUCUGAUGACGCAGGAUUGCUGGGAGCGUCUCUACAGACAAAGGCAGAUACUGCUGUCCUAUGAAUUGUCAGUGGACUCUAUAAAUGAUCCUUUUCGAAGACAGAGGUUAAUGAGUGCAGCCACUGUUAUUACAGAUAAUUUGCAACUGCAAGAGUCAAAACUGAAAUUCCCUUUAUUGUGGAAACGUUUUGCUCAAAAGUAUCUAAUUUGGAAUUGUUGUCCAUUCUGGAGAGCAGUCAAAGAGAAAGUGAAAUCAGUAAUUUUGGAUCCAUUUGUUGAUCUCUUAAUCAUGGUUUGCAUUAUCGUGAAUACCUUAUUCAUGGCUCUGGAGUACCCGCAAAUGCCAGAAAAUUACUGGAAAAUGAUUUUUAUAAGUGACAAGGUCUUCACCCUGAUUUUUACAGCAGAAAUGAUCUUGAAAAUCAUCGCUCUAGAUCCUUACAACUAUUUUCAACAAAAAUGGAAUAUUUUUGAUAGCAUAGUUGUUAUGAUUGGCCUAAUAAGCUUUGAAGAAAAUCUGUCAUCUCUCAGGCUGCUCAGGAUCUUCAAAUUGGCAAAGUCCUGGCCAGCUUUAAAUACUCUUAUGAAAAUAAUUCUGAACUCAGUUGGUGCUCUGGGUAACCUCACUCUGGUUUUGAUUAUCACUGUAUUUAUUUUUGCUGUAGUAGGAAAGCAGGUCUUGGGCAAAUAUUAUGAGACUUAUUUCUAUAAAAUAAACACCGAUGAGUAUUUACGCUGGCAUAUGAAGGAUUUUUGUCAUUCAUUCCUGAUUAUAUUUCGAAUAUUAUGUGGAGAAUGGAUUGAAACCAUGUGGGAAUGUAUGGAAGUGGCUGGAAAAGGGCUAUGUCUUCCCAUUUUCUUGCUAGUCCUGGUCAUAGGAAACCUGGUGGUGCUCAACCUAUUCAUUGCCUUGCUGCUGAGUUCGUUCAGUACUGACUCUUCAAUGGGACAAGAGGACACUGGACAAAUGACUAAAUGUCAAAUUGCCAUUGCACGGAUUCACAAGGGCCUGCAGUCUGUGAAAGGCAGAGUUUGGGAUCGUUGUGGCAAAAUAAUGAAACGAAACCUCAAAACAUCAGCCAAAAGGAAGACUUUGGUGAAAAUUUCUACCAAGGACAUAGAGGAAAAUAACUAUGCCAUGACAGAUGUCAGAAAAGAUAUAGACAAUGAUUGCUUUGACAUUGGGUAUCACAAUACUGAAGAGAGUUCCUCAAUAACAAGGAAAUAUGAAGAAUUUUUAACCAGUCGUAGUACCUGUGUUCCCAUUGCAGAAGCUGAGACUUCCACCAAUGAAGGUGACGAUGAGGACAGUGUAUGCACAGAAAUAGAAUACAGAAAACAGAAAUGUGAUCUUAGUAGCUAUUCCGAAGCCAGCACUGUGGAUCCAGUUAUUCUUCUGGAGACGUUUUCCCAGGCUGAAAAGUCACACCUACCUAAGGACUGUUUUGCAGAAAGUUGUAUUGAAUGUUUCCCGUGUUGCACACGGGAUGUCACUAAGUUUCCAGGCAGUACUUGGUGGAAAUUUAGAAAAACCUGCUACAAAAUUGUUAAACAUAGCUGGUUUGAAAAUUUUAUAAUUUUUAUGAUAAUAUUGAGCAGCGCAGCACUGGCAUUUGAAGAUAUUCACCUGAAUGAGAGAAAAAAUGUGAAAAUGCUCCUAGAGUAUGCUGAUAAAAUAUUUACCUACGUCUUUUUUAUGGAGAUGAUUCUGAAAUGGGUAGCUUAUGGUUUGCACAGUUAUUUCACAAAUGCCUGGUGUUGGCUUGACUUCAUCAUUGUAUGUGUAAGUAUUACAUUCAGCUUGUCUUACAUACUGAAUUUUGAAGAAAUUUAUGCCCUAAAAUCUCUCAGGACUCUUAGAGCACUGAGGCCUCUGCGUGCUUUGUCAAGAUUUGAAGGGAUAAAGGUUGUUGUGAAUGCACUCUUGGGAGCAAUCCCCUCAAUCUUGAACGUUUUGCUCGUCUGCAUUGUCUUCUGGCUCCUAUUUAACAUUGUAGGAGUAAAAUUACUGGGAAAAAAAUUUUGGAAAUGCAAACUUGAUAAAGGAAAUACCAGUCGAAUUAAUAACAUAACUGAUUGUGCUGUCCAUAAUGGAACAUGGACAAAUAGUGAUGUAAACUUUGACAAUGUUGGGAUGGGAUACUUGGCUCUUCUCCAAGUGGCAACUUUUAAAGGUUGGAUGGAUAUUAUGUAUGCAGCAGUGGAUUCACGUAAGAUAGAUGAACAGCCAAAGUUUGAAGCAUUCUUAGCCAUGUAUACGUAUUUUGUGAUUUUCAUUAUUUUUGGAUCUUUCUUCAUGCUGAACCUUUUCAUUGGAGUGGUUAUCAGCAAUUUUAACCAACAAAGAAAAAAGAUAAGUGGAAAAGAUCUCUUUUUGACCGAGGAACAGAAAAAGUACUAUAAUGCCCUAAAAAAACUGGGAUCCAAGAAGCCUCAAAAACCCACCCCAAGACCAUUGAAUAUGUUCCAAGGGUUACUGUUUGAUAUAGUAUCGCACAAAGCAUUUGACAUCACCGUUCUGACUUUCAUCUGUCUAAAUAUGGUCAUUAUGAUGGCAGAAAGUAACCAGGACAACAUCAAGGAAGUUCUCAAUAAAAUCAACUAUUUUUUUGUGGCUGUAUUUACUGGGGAAUGUGUCAUAAAAAUACUAGCCCUGAGACAUUACUUCUUCACCAGUGGCUGGAACAUUUUUGAUUUAGCUGUUGUGGUCCUUUCACUAGUUAGUAUUGGACUUUCUGAAGGCUUCCGAACUUUUUUGUCUCCUACACUUCUGAGAAUUUUUCGGUUGGCACGAAUUGGCCGAAUCCUGAGGUUAAUUCGAAAAGCUAGAGGAAUUCGAACUCUUCUUUUUGCAUUACUGAUGUCUCUUCCUGCACUGUUCAACAUUGGUCUUUUGCUUUUUCUGGUCAUGUUCAUUUAUGCCAUUGUGGGCAUGACAAACUUUGCCUGUCUUGGCUGGGAGGGUGGGAUAGAUAACCUUUUCAACUUUCAAACUUUUGAUAGUAGCAUGCUCUGUCUUUUCCAAAUUACAACAUCAGCUGGCUGGGAUGGUCUUUUGGUCCCUCUGUUAAAAACACCUGUUUCAUGUGCUCCCAACUUAAAUUUAACAAGCGAACAGAAAAAAAAUUGCACAAAUAAGGAGGUUGGUAUUUUAUUUUUUGUAAGCUAUGUCAUUGUAUCGUUUCUCAUUGUUGUAAAUAUGUACAUAGCUGUCAUUUUAGAGAACUUCAGUGUUGCCACUGAAGAAAGCACAGAUCCUCUUUGUGAGGAUGACUUUGACAUGUUUUACGAGACCUGGGGAAUAUUUGAUCCUCAGGCAACACAGUUUAUUGAAUAUUCUGCUCUUUCAGACUUUGCAGAUGCUCUGGCAGAACCCUUACGCAUUCCAAAGCCUAAUAAAAUUCAGCUCAUAUCCAUGGACCUCCCUAUAGUUAGUGGAGAUAAGAUCCACUGCUUGGAUAUCUUGCUUGCUUUCACUAAAAGGGUCUUGGGCAAAUAUGGAAAUUUGGAUGGUCUUGAAUUACAAAUAGAAGAAAAAUUUAUGGCUGCCAAUCCAUCUAAAGUUUCUUACAAGCCAAUUACUACUACCCUUAAAAGAAAACAAGAGGAGGUAUCGGCUCUUGUUAUUCAGAGGGCCUUCAGGAGGUAUUUGAUGCAGCGUUCUUUUAAAAAUAAAUCUUUCUUGUACCGUCAUAAACAUUCUAACAGUGCUAUCUUUGAGGAAACACAUGAGAAGGAAAGUCUUAUUGCAUCAAUGCUUAAUGAAAAUAAUGGUAGGAAGCUAGAUAAAUCACGGACUACGUCUUCCAUAUCUCUCCCUUUAUUUUAUGAUGGUAUUGCUGAAACAGAUAGCGAUAAUGUGGACACAUAA